UUGUCCGACAUAGGUUUAUCUGCGCAUGCGAAUAAAGGUAACCUAGCGUUACCAACUUAAAUGGUUUCAUUGUAGAGCGAGGACAGACUGGAGACGGUCCUGUGACGUCACACGUGCUGCCCGCGGGUCGCCACGCCUUCCCGUUCCAGGUCCAGCUUCCUGCGGACGGACUGCCGGACUCGUUCGAAUGGCAACGCUACGGCUAUGUUCGCUACAUCACCAAGGCAACCAUCGGCAAGCCCUACCAGUCCACAGAAAAGGUGUUCCAGGUUCUGGAUAAAGGCGAAGAGGAUUCUUGGGAAGGGUUUAGUAGAACCCACCCUCCCAACAUGGUCCGGUCGAACAGAGACCUUCGUCUCUGUUCGGACGUACGCGUGUGCUGUUUGACCGGGCCGGUGGAGCUCCAGGCCCAGCCGGACCGAACAGUCUACUGCCCAGGGGAGGUGAUCGCCAUCAGGGGAACCGUGGAGAACAACAGUUUUGCCGAUGACGUUAUGCAUGUGGAGGCUAGGCUGGUGCAGGUCGGAACAUUCCAUGGGAGGUUCGGGUCGUGGAGGGUGGAAGAGGCCACAAACAUCGUCGAGCGAGUUCGACUCCCUAACUCUGCCUGCAACAAGGGCCGGUCAUUUGAGUUUUCGCCCAGCGACGGUGCCGUUCUCCGGGUCCCUCCGCUGAGCAGCUUAUCCUCACUCCGCUUCUGCAGGAUCAUCGACCUCGGGUAUCGACUGGAUGUGAGUGUGUCUGUUUGAAUCUUUGUUACCUCCAUGAAAUGUCAUGGAGGUUAUAUUUUUACCUCCAUGAAAUGUAAUGGAGGUUAUAUUUU